AUGCAAAAUAUAAAUUAAUUAUCUGCUCGUCUAUAAUAAAGCAUUUCUAAAUAGCUUUCAACACGAACAGAUCAAACGGGUAGUCAAAUUUUAAAUACAUCUGAUACAUAAAAAUUAUUGAAAUAAAUUCACAUAAUCAAAGAAUCUGAUAAAAAAAAUAAAACUAUUAAAUUUAUAGCUAAUAAGUAAGAAUUGAAAUUUCAAUAUUUAACUGAACCAAGAUAAAUUAAUAUUAAAUAAUAUAUUUAAAAAGAAUAUAUAUAUGAAGAAAAAAAAAAGAAUUCUGUUGAUAUAUCAAAUGUUACUAAUUAAACAUGGAGAAUAGAAAAAUAAAUGAGAUAAAGUUUAAACUUAAAGGAUUUACAUAAAUUGGAUGAAUCGAUUGCAAUUGAUAUUCUAAAUAGGUAAAUGGGAAAGACUGAAACUAAUUUUUAUUAAUAUAAACCAAAAACAUCUAGAAGAUCAAAAACUCAAUAAGUUAAAAAGAAAUAUAUAAUGAAUUUAUCUAAUACUCCAUUCAAAAUUAUAAAAACUAAGGAUAAAUUAAAUAAAACUGUCCAUGACUUUAAAACAACUAAUAAAGAUUAAAUUUAUUAUAAAUUACCUGUUUCAAACAUUGGAGUCCCUAUUAUUAAAACUUAAAGAAUUAAGAGUAAACCUCGUUAUAAUUAUCCUUUUUCUACAAUGAACAAUUUCAAUUAUAGCAGAUUAAAUAAAUCUAUGUGGGUAAUUGAUAUUUGA